AUGCCUUCCAUUUCUGAAGUCAAAAAACACGACAACGCCAAUGACUGUUGGGUAAUAGUCAACAAUAAAAUCUAUGAUGUUACCGAAUUUUUACCUGAACAUCCUGGUGGUCAAAAGAUCAUUUUAAAAUUUGCUGGCAAGGAUUGCACAAAAAAAUUUGAACAAAUCCAUCCCCCUGACACUCUAGACAAAUAUCUAGCCCCUGAAAAGUAUCUAGGCGAGGUUGAACAAAACAGUGAUGAAGAAGACGAAGGAGAAGAAGAAGAAGAAGAAGAAUUAGAUGAAGAAGAGAAACAAAGAUUGGAAUUAAUUGAAAGAAAACCACCAUUAUCUCAAAUUUAUAACUUGAAUGAUUUUGAAUAUGUUGCUUCAAAAGUCAUGGAAAAACAAGCUUGGGCUUAUUAUUCAUCGGGAUGUGACGACGAGAUUACUUUAAGAGAAAACCAUUUUGCAUAUCAAAGGAUUUUUUUCAAACCUAGAGUUCUUAGAAACGUUACAAAUAUAGAUUUUUCAACGGAAAUAUUGGGCUUUAAAUCUUCUGUUCCGUUUUAUGUUACUGCAACAGCUUUAGGGAAACUUGGCCAUCCUGAUGGCGAAAAAUGUUUAACAAGAGCUUGCUUUAAAGAAAACGUUAUUCAGAUGGUUCCAACUUUGUCAAGUUGUUCCUUUCAAGAAAUUGUCGAUGAAAGAAAUAAAGAAAAAGACCAGACUCAAUUUUUUCAAUUGUAUGUCAAUUCUGACCGCAAGAUUACUCAAAAAAUCGUUGAAAACUGCGAAAAAAAUAACAUAAAGGCGUUAUUUAUAACAGUAGAUGCUCCUCAAUUGGGUAGAAGAGAAAAGGAUAUGCGGUCAAAAUACACCCUAGAUGCCUCAAAUAUUCAAAAUGAUGUUGAAGAAGACGAGGGCAUUGAUAGAUCUCAAGGCGCCGCAAGAGCAAUCUCUUCCUUUAUUGAUACGGGCUUGAAUUGGGAGGACAUUAAAUGGUUCAAAAAGAUAACCAAAUUGCCGAUAAUUCUAAAGGGCAUCCAAUGUGUCGAUGACGCAUUAUUAGCAAUUGAAUAUGGUGUCGAGGGAAUAGUCUUGUCGAAUCAUGGUGGGAGACAGUUGGAGUUUGCGAGAUCUUCAAUCGAAGUUCUUGCAGACUUGAUGCCAAUCUUGAAACAAAAAAAACUAGAUAAAAAAAUCGAAAUCUUUAUCGAUGGUGGUGUUAGACGAGCUUCGGAUAUUCUCAAGGCCAUUGCUCUAGGUGCCAAAGGUGUUGGAAUUGGCAGACCUUUCUUGUACGCCAUGAGUGCCUAUGGUGACGAUGGGGUGGUGAAGGCCAUGCGAAUAUUGAAGGACGAGUUGACGAUGAACAUGAGGUUGUUGGGUGUCAACACUGUAGGCGAGCUCAACGAGAACUAUCUCGACUUGUUGAACUUGCACAAUCGUUUCAGCAGUGGCGACCAGCUAUUCCAGCAGGUCUAUGAGCCAUUGAAGCUCCCAGCUUUCAAGCCAAAGCUCUAA